AUGACCAAUCCCCGCGUCUGUGUUAUUGCUGUGGAUGGAAGCGAUGAUUCAGAAUAUGCCUUGCAUUGGUACAGCAAACAUGUGCACAAAGUUGAUGACAAGGCUGUGCUAGUUUUUGUGCCAGAGCAUCAUGGGUUGCUUCAUGCUUCCAGAUGGGAGAACACUGUGUACGCGCUGAACCGAGACUUGCCAGAGUCCAUGUCAGAUGGUGAACAAGACCAAAUCAAAUCUGAGCUGCUCAAAUUUGCAGAAAAACUUCUAAAUCUAGGAAUUGCAGGUAAAGUGAAGAAUGUACUCGCUGCCAAACCUGAGGAAGGGAUUUUGCGGGUCGCUGAGGAGGAAUCUGCUGACAUGAUAGUAGUGGGCAGUCGCGGGAGGGGAGCCUUUCACAGGACAUUCGUUGGCUCAAUCUGUGACCACCUGGUCCACCAUUCCCAUUGUGCAGUCGUUGUCUGCAAGAGGCCACCCAAGGGAGCACCAGAACUGUAUCCUGAAGAACCAAAAUGUUGA